UUUGUUGACAGGGAAGCGUCUGACUUGUAAGAAGCUGGCAGCCCAGACAGACACCAUGGGGUCCAGGCUGGGCAUCAGGGCAGGGACAGGGCCGCACACCGUGGGCAUCACAGACAUCAUGACUGCUGGGCCUGACAAACACGGUGUGUUUCUGAGGCUGUUCUACCCAACUGAACCAUGUGACAUCAGACAGAGGAAGCAUGAUUGGCCAACAUGGACACCAAGUCGUCAGUACUUAGAUGGCUACUUCAAGUUCAUUGGUGUUCCAAAAUGGACUUACUCUUUAUGCAGAUUGAUAGUGGGUAAUCCCAAGGUCCCAGCCAUCCCGAAUGCCCCAUUUUUAAAGAAGGAAACUCCAUCCAAGUUCCCAGUGAUAGUUUUCUCCCAUGGACUGGGCGGACAGAGGACAACGUACACUGUUGUAUGUUUAGAGAUGGCAUCAAGGGGGUAUCUAGUCGCUUCUAUUGAACACAGAGAUGGUUCAGCCUCGGCAACUCAUGUGAUCAGGCAAGAGGACGAUGGGAAAACUCAAACAGUAGAGUGGGUCCCCAUGAUUCCUAAACCAGAGGGAGACGAAUAUCCUGUUAGGAAUAAACAGGUCCACCAGCGUGCAGAUGAGCUGGGUCACAUGCUGGACCUUCUGGUCAGUAUGGACCAGGGCAAUAACAUCAACAACUUGUGCCAGACAGGCAUGGACCUAUCACAGUUCAAGGAUAAGCUGGACUUGGACAGGGUUGCAGCUAUGGGCCACUCCUUUGGUGGUGCCUCCUCCCUGGUCUCUCUCUACAAAGAUCCCAGGUUAAGAUGUGCCGUUAUACUGGACGGCUGGAUGUUACCCAUAGACAGAGAGAUGUACCCACAGAUCAGCCAGCCAAUCCUCUUCAUCAACACGGAGGCCUUCCAUUGGCCAGGGAACAUCGUACGCAUGAACAGACUCAUGGGAAAGGAGGGGGUCGACCGCAAGAUGAUCACUAUAAAGGGGACUGUUCACCAGAGUCAGUCAGACUUCACCUUCCUGUUUGGAAAGUUCUUUGGUACACGAGUCCAUAGCAGAGGAGCGCUAGACCCACAUGUAGCCAUAGACAUCAACAAUGAAGCUUCCCUGGCCUUCCUAGCAAAACAUCUGGACUUACCAGGAGAUGACUACAACAGUACUGUACUGGAGGGGGAACAUCUCAUCCAGGGAACAAACGUCAAACUGGACCCCAGACCAGCCAAGGAGAAACAGGUGGACACAAGUGUGGACAAGCCCACUCCUGAUGAGGCCAAGUUGUAACUCUUCUCUUCACGUGGUACAAGAACUGUGUACCCAAGUUCAUUGCUUGGUCAAAGUGCUCUGGAAAAUGUUGACGAUUUUACAAGGGUAUAUCUGAAUUUUUUUUUUUUUUCAACAUUUUGUAAUCUCCAAGCAGAUAUUGCGUGGCAUAAG